AUGGCCCCGGGAGAGGUGGUAGAGACGGCAAAGCACGUGUGCAGGUACCCAGGGCAGCGGCUGAGCUGGUGGCAGGCCCAGCAGGCCUGUGAACAGCGCUUCGGCCACCUGCUCCUGGGAGCCCCGGAAGGAAUUCUUGCCCCGUGGCUGCGCGACCCGCUCUGGGCGGCCCAAAGACAGGCUUCUCAGCAGAGACCGCCACUGAGGCGUGAGUGUGGGGACCGGGGUGUCGUGGCCGCCCGAGGCGUGCUCCUGGCUGCGGCGCUGGCCUUUCGGGAGCGCUCGGCGGAGCGCGCGGCACGGCUGAGGCUGCGGCUGCCCGCGCUGUCGGCGCUGACCGCGUGCGCGCACGUGCAGUGGGACGCGACCUCUCCGGCCGCCGCCGCGCUCUUCUCCAUCGCCACGCCCGCGCUGCCCAACGCGCUGCAGGUGCGAGUCGUGGCGGAGCCCGGCGGGGCCGUCCGCGCCGCGCUGGUUGUGCGCGGCCAUCACGCGCCCUUCCGCGCCAUCUCCAGCGCCGACGGCCGCUGGCACCACGUGUGCGCCACGUGGGAGCAGCGCGGUGGGCGCUGGACGCUGUUCGCAGACGGGAGGCUGCGCGCCGGGGCGCGGGGGCUGGCAGCGGGCCGCCCAGUGCCGUCCGGCGGCGUCCUAGUGCUGGGCCAGGAUCAGGACUCGCUGGGCGGCGGCUUCUCGGCGCAGGAUGCAUUCAGCGGCAACCUCACGGACUUCCACCUGUGGACCCGGGCACUGGGCCCCACACAGCUGCUCCGGGUGCGGGCCUGCGCGCUGCCACCCGGUGGCCUGCUUUUCCGCUGGGACCCUGCCGCGCUGGACGUCACACCCUCGCUGCUGCCUUUGGUGCCGGUGCACUUGCUGUGUCCCGGAGCCUCAGAGGAGUGCCCCACGUGGGACCCCAAAACGCUCACCGAGCACUGGGAGCUGUGCCUACAUCCGCUGCCCUUCCUCUGCUGCUAUGGGGCAGAGCCCCACCGGCAGCUGCAGGCCACCCGGUCGUGGCCCGGCCAGGACUUUAUCAGCCGUGUCAACGUCUUGGCCAAUGCCACUGUGCUCCUCCCAGACCCCCUCUCUGGGACCCACGAGGCCCUGUCCCUGGUCGAGGUCUCCAACUUCCUGGGCAUCCUGGAGGGAGUCCUGGCAGAGGAGGCAGCUCCACUGGGGCCAGCUGCGCUGCUAGCCAUUGUGCAGUUCCUGAGGGCCAUGGCAGCCCUUGGGGCCGGCGUGUCGGAGCCCACGCAGGAGCCCUGGGAGCAGCUGGGCCAUGGCAUGGUGGCUGUGGCCAGCCGAGUCCUGGAGGAGCGCCAGGCCAGUGCGUGGCUGUCCAUUAGCGAGGUGGUGGGCAGUCCCAUGGCCCUGGUGGCAAGUGUGCAGCACAUGGCGCCCCAGCUGAGCUCUUUGCUGACCCCUGAGCAGCCCUGGCUACGCAUCCGGCACCGCCAUGCUGGCCUGGAGGUACGGCACCUGCAGCUGGGGGCGGCCAGUGCCAGGGACUACAUCUUCACGGUGCCCAGGGGGCACCCCGAGGGCCCAGGACACAUUUGCAUCCCAGUGGGUGAAGUGAGGCAGCUCCUCGAGGAAGGCCUCUCCGGGGUCACUGUGAUCCACAGCUGGUUCUCCUCAAGCGUCUUCCAGCUCACCCUCAGAGAGUCUGGCCCAGAGCCCCUGGCCCCUGCCAACUCGGAGCAGGCGAACAGGGUGCAGAGGUUCCUGAGCACCCGGGUGGGCUCUGCAGUCAUUUCCUCUGAGAUACGUGAUGCUGCUGGGGAGGUCAGCACGGCCGUGACCUUUCACCUGCAGCACCAGACCUCCCCGCAGAGGCUGGUGGAGCCUGUGUGUGCUUUCUGGAACUUCAGGGGCUCCUGGGCCACCACGGGCUGCUCUGUGACGGCCAAGUACCCAGCCUCCACCGCCUGCUUCUGCAACCACAGCACCAACUUCGCUGUCCUGCUGCAGGUGCGUGACCUGCAGAGAGACCCUGAGGAGGAAUCGCUGCUGAGGACACUGUCAUUCGUGGGGUGUGGUGUGUCCUUCUGUGCUCUUGCCACCACCUUCCUGCUCUUCCUGGUAGCGGGAGUCCCCAUGUCGGAGCGGACCAUGGUGCACAAGAACCUGACCUUCUCCCUGGCCUUGGCCGAGGGCUUUCUCAUGGCCAGCGAGUGGGCGAGGGCCAGUAAGGUGGCGUGUGUGGCUGUCACGGCCACCAUGCACCUGCUCUUCUUGGUGGCUUUCUCUUGGAUGCUGGUGGAGGGUCUGCUGCUUUGGAACAAGGUGGUGGCCGUGAGCAUGCGCCCUGGCCCCAGCAUGAGGUUCUGCUACGCCAUGGGCUGGGGUGCGCCUGUCCUCAUUGUGGCUGCUACCCUAGCCACGUUGCCCCGUGACUACGUGGCCCCUGACCACUGCUGGCUCAACGUGCACACCAGAGCCAUCUGGGCCUUCGUGGGGCCUGUGCUGUUCGUGCUGACCGCCAACGCUGGCAUCCUGGCACGCGUGGUGGUGGUCACUGUGUCCAGCGCCCGCCGCCGUGCCCACACACUGAGCCCGCAGCCCCGCCUGCCGCGACAAAUCUGGAUCCAGAUCUGGUAAGUGGAACCCAGUGGGUGGCCUGUGCCUGGUGACCCCCAUGUUGCUUCAGCCUCCCCCUCAACCAGCCUCCCUGACACACACAGGGCCACUGUGAAGCCGGUGCUGGUGCUGCUGCCUGUCCUGGGCCUGACCUGGCUGGUGGGCAUCCUGGUACACCUUAGCCCGGCCUGGGCCUAUGCCGCCGUAGGCCUCAAUUCCUUCCAGGGGCCUUACAUCUUCCUGGUCUACUCCGCUUACAAUGUGGAGGUGCGGAGUGCCCUGCAAAGAACAGUGGAGAAGGCAAUGGCAGCCGAGGCGCCCCUGGUGCCACUGGGCAUGGCGGGAGGCUGCAGGACCCGCGGCCCCACAAUGUCCACAGCCUUCUCCUCCAUCACCGAACCCCAGAAACCGGCUGUGGAGCUAACGGCAUUCAAGGCUUCAGGUAAUGCUGGCAUCUUAAGGGGUCCCCCUUUCCCACUGGACAACCCCCUCAGCCCACCCACUGUACCUGGCUCGCUGGCAGCCCUCUCUCAGGCCAAGGUUCGUCCACCCUAA